UUGGUAUACGAGCAAAAACGAGACAGAGCGAAACUCCCUUUCGGGGUCCCUCCCCGCUCUCCUAGAAUCAGAUGUUUAUGUCGGUUGUCGGCUACAUAAAUCAGAGCAUCUUAUCUGGCGCCUGACCUGCACACAUCGAUCAUGUAGGUGUACAAUCGCUACCUGCCAGUCAUUAAAUGCGCGUGGACCGUCAAGUGGGUGUCAAACGCUGGGAGAAUCGACAAAUUGUCGUCUGUGAAGCGGAAAUGGCAGCGGAAAUCGACGGCGAGCAUUCGCAUCCGCAAUGCAUCAAAUUGCCGCCGGCUGUCGAGGUGUUUGCCAAUCUAAAAAAUGCGCAAACCUUCGCCAUAGAUAUCGGAUUAUCAUUAACGAAAAUUGCAUAUUAUUCAACGAUAAGUUAUCGCAAGGCACUUUAUGAGGAUGCAGAAGGGUUAGGAAAUAGUGGAGAACGAGCAUACAAAGUAUUUGAGGGUAGCAGAUUACACUUUGUUAAAUUUGAAACAAGAUAUAUUGAAAACUGCUUAGACUUUGUCAAGAAAAAUUUAGUAGAUGUUGAACGUUUUCAUGGGAAAAGUAUUAAAGUAACUGGAGGUGGAGCAUUUAAAUAUACUCCUUUAUUGCAAGAGAAAUUAGGAUUAUUAGUUGACAAAGAAGAUGAGAUAGAUUGUCUGAUAAAAGGCUGUAAUUUCUUACUUAAAAAUAUACCAUGUGAAGCUUUUGAAUACCAUCGUCAUGCAAAUCCAGAAUAUAAAUUUCAAAAAGCUGAACCUAACAUAUUUCCAUAUUUGUUAGUUAAUAUCGGCAGUGGCGUCAGUAUUCUUAAAGUAGAAUCAGAUGAAGUAUUUGAAAGAAUUGGGGGUACAGCUACAGGAGGAGGUACAUUUUGGGGAUUAGGAUCAUUACUAACAAAAAGAAAGGGCUUUGAUGAAUUGCUGCAACUUGCAGAACGAGGGGAUCACCGUAAUGUAGAUAUGUUAGUGAAAGAUAUUUAUGGAGGCGAUUAUUCCUCUCAAGGUUUACCUGGAGAACUUAUUGCAUCAUCUUUUGGCAAGGCAGUGGCUUGUGGACAACCAAAAUUUUCUGAAGCUGAUCUUGCAAGGAGUUUGUUAAUCACCAUUAGCAAUGAUAUUGGGCACAUUGCUAGUUUAUAUGCGACUGUGUACAAUAUGGACAAGAUUUAUUUUGGUGGUUAUUUCCUUCGUAACCAUCCACUAUCGAUGCAUACCAUUUCAUACUCCAUCAAAUACUGGUCUCAUGAUAAGGUAAAGCCUCUCUUUCUUCGCCAUGAAGGUUACCUUGGUGCGAUUGGAGCAUAUUUAUAUGGCACUGAACAGUCAGAUAAAUACAGCUGGUUGGAAAAUUAUGCCGGGUCAUCAGGUUUUAACGAUUCUGUGCCAACUGAUCUCGGAAUGAAAAUUGAUCAGUUGGAAAUCGAUCAAGCAGAAUAUAUUGUUACAUUCUGUCCACUAUUAAAAGACCCUGCAUCUUACAAUCCUGAUACCACAGAUCUCGCUCAGGAUAAGGAGGCCAGAGAUUAUUGGUUACAAUGUUUUGAAGAAUCCGUGGAUAAAUUUGUGGCGAGAGCUAUUCAUAGUCAACCACAUAGUCCGACAGCAAAAGAUAGAGGAUCAAAACUUAAGGAAAAAUAUAUUAAUAGAUUACAUUAUCUUCAUACACAACCAGUUGCAUAUGGGGCACUUACAGUUAGAAUAUUACUAGAUACUAUUGAGCAUUGUAUGAAAGAGUUUGAUUUUCCAGAUCCAUAUUUACAUCAAAAAAAGAAAGAGAAUGAAGAAGCUUUAAGGCAUCUACAUGAUCGCAUAACUACUUUAGAUAAGUUAGAAGGUGCAGAAAAGAUAAAAGCUUUGAUUCUUGGUGUUUUAAGUGGUAAUAUAUUUGAUUGGGGUGCAAAAGAUGUUGCAAAACUAUUAGAAACCACUGAUUUUGGCUUCAAAGAAGCUCAAACAAAAAUUCCAGGUAGACCAUGGUUGGAGGAUAAUUUAGAUGAUUGGAUACAUAGAUUACAGAAUGGACAGCCUCAUAAAUGUGCAGCCAUUUUUGUAGAUAACAGUGGUGUGGAUAUAAUUCUUGGAAUUUUGCCAUUUGCACGAGAUUUAUUACAACGAGGAACUAAAGUAAUAUUAUGCGCUAAUUCUUUGCCAGCUUUGAAUGAUGUAACAUAUCCCGAAUUGGUUGUAACGUUACGGGAUGCCGCAAAAAUUUGUAAUGUUAUUAAACAGGCUUUAGAAGAUAAUACACUUAUUGCCAUGGAAACUGCACAAGCAGGUCCUUGUUUAGAUCUAAGUCGUCUGAAUCUGGAUCUAUGUCUUGCAAUGGUGAAGCAUAAUGUGGAUCUUAUAGUCAUCGAGGGCAUGGGUAGAACCUUACAUACAAAUUUUCACGCCAAAAUGAAGUGUGAUUGUUUAAAAUUGGCUGUUGUAAAAAAUCGAUGGUUGGCGCUUCGCUUAGGCGGUGACAUGUAUGCUGUGAUAUGCAAAUAUGAACCAUCGAAAACUAAGAUCUAUGAUAUUGGAAUAAAAUCGAAAACGAUAGGAGAUAAGAAAACGAUAGAAGAUUGUCCGUCAAUGUACAAGACAGAUAACGGAAAUGUUCAAAUGCGAUAAUUUUGACAACGGAAAUACAAGUAAAAUGUCAAUGUAAAAUAAGCAAUACAAUUAUUUUCUAGAUUAGUAAUUAAAUAUACAACAAAUUGCCUUCCUUAAAAAAAAAUUAAAGAAAAUUGUGUGUGCAAAUACGCUUAAAAAUAUUAAGUUUAUAUUGAUGUUAGGAAACAAACAUACAGAUGGAAUAUCAUGAAAAUCGUCAGAUAAUCCUGAUUAUGUAAAAUAUAAGACAUUGAAUAUAAAAUAAUUU